CCCCCCGCCUCUGAUUCGGCUGCCUCUGCUUCUGGUUGCUUGCUUGGCUGUGGUGGAUUGGUGGCUAGGUUUGCUUACUGGCCCUGGAAUGUUCGGAUAAGGUGCUCGCUCUCGCGUUCUGGCUGUGUUUGUGACCGUGGACGGGAGAAAAUUCGGCUUGCUUCCGAUGAAUUUUGUCUGUUUUCCCGUGGUGAUCUUAGUGUUAUCUUGCUGCGUGCUUGUGUGGUGUCACUACUCGUGGAAUGGGCGCGCGUUACGCGAAACUUGGUUUCGGGGAAUUUUCUGGUGGAGCUGGGAAUGGUCUGGGUAGGAAUCUCGCAAGGGCUGACCAGAAUUGAUCCUCUCUGUGGAAAUUGUCUCUCCAGUCCGUAUUUAGGUGCUUGUGGUUACGAAUUAUCCGGUCUCACACCUAGUAUUAUCCAAUUUCUGAUCUAUGAAGCGGUAACCUGGCUUGUUUAGUCCGCAUAAUUUAUCAUCUGCGUGUAGGCUACAGCAUGUUCCACGAAAGCAGUGGAGAUCCAUUUCGUGAGUUCGUUGGUGAGUCAAUUGCUAGCCUCACUUUUACUGUAGAUGUAGAUGUAGAUGAUCCAGCAUUCUGACAGGCAAUUCCAGUCAAUUGCUUUAAGAAGGUCGUGAUUCUUUGCCUGAGGUGCAGGUAAAGAGCUGCUGCUUAAUUAUUUGUGCAUUGCUGAGUGGAUAAUGUGAUUUUAGUUUACAAGGGGCAUGCUUUUGCCACCAAAGUUGGCUUCAAAGUGGUAAAUAGUGGCAAAUUAUGGACCAAACUGCAGUAAAGAGGACCUUUGCCAAGGGCCAUCCAUGUGCCACUGGUAUCUGUACUCAUAGUGGGGAGGACCAAGAGAAAAAGUAAAACUAAAGAAGCUACCUUUGCUUCAAAUUCUUUUCUUGCGUUGGUAACGUGGCAUUUCUCAAAAAGACGGAAUCAUUGGCUCAAGUGCAGAAUCAUUUGAUUCGCUUUAAUUAAAAAGUUAUCUGUUGUUGUUUUUCCCUUCUAAGCUGACAGAUCUGAGAUGAGGCAUGAGAUGCUCCAUGUGAGCGCUCCUUAGCUCAUAUCUGCAUCAUGCUUGUGGAUUUUUUUAAUGUGGAAUGUAGAUCACAUCUAACAUGCUCCAUUGAUUUGAUUAUUUAAUGUAUUCGGCUGAUCCAACUGCUUAUUUAUUUAUCUGCCUGCCUGACCAGUUCGGACCCCAUAAUGCCUAUAUGUAACUUGUCUUGCCUUGUUUGCUUUAUCCACAAUUCUGGAUCUGAAGUCCCCUAGCUUUGUCUGAAGGAAAGGUCUAGCUGUGGUAAAGAUGCAUUUCUCUGGUAAUGAUGUUAAUUGCUGUUUCAUAUCAUUGGUUUUGCCAGGUAGAGUUCAUUUAUUUAGUUUGGAUUGUGACUUUGUGAGAAUAAUACCAUCUGGUGGUAAUUGCCUCAUUUUUCUGACUUAUUUUGUGGAAGUGGAACCUAGUAUAUCUGCUUUGGUUAUUUCUUGUAAUCCGUAGCUAGACUUAUAUCAGCAAAUGGGAGCCGCCUGGCACUGGGUCUGCCCUUUUUAGACUUAUAUCAGCAAAUGUGCUUCAGUUGACAACUUGUGAAGGCGUUACUAAUAUACCUGUAUAUUUAUUCCUUGCAUGAUGGUGUCAUGGUGUCACAAUUGUCUACUUUCUGCAUUAUCUGUGCAGACUCUUAAAGAUUUCUGAGAAAAUGGCAAGAAGUGCUAGAGCAAGGAGGCAUGUAGCUCGUCAGCUCAGGCCCAACCCGUAUCCCAUUCCUUCAAACCGAUGGAAGCCGAUGAAAGAAUCCAACCAAAAGAAACCAUUGCCAGCCUUGCAGAAGAUGGACUGGGAAGAUGCCAAUUGCUCUGUGUGCAUGGAAUACCCGCAUAAUGCUGUGCUCAUCCUCUGUUCAUCUCAUGAUAAGGGCUGCCGUCCUUACAUGUGUGGAACUAGCUACCGCCACUCGAAUUGCCUGGAUCAGUUCAAGAAAGCCUACACCAAGGGUGCAUUGCUUGAGGAAGUUCCUGCAAAUGGUGUUGGCACCAACCUGGAUUCAGCACCUUUGACUGCAGGUGAAAAAACUGAGUCCAUUGACAUUGCAUGCCCACUAUGCCGUGGCAAGGUGAAAGGUUGGACAGUGGUAGAACCAGCUCGAAGCUAUCUCAAUGGAAAACGGAGAACAUGCAUGCAGGAUGGUUGUUCAUUUGUAGGGACCUACAAGGAGCUCCGCAAGCAUGUCAAGUCGGAACACCCUCUUGCAAAGCCAAGGGAAGUGGAUCCCGUCCUUGAGCAGAAGUGGAGAUUGCUCGAGAUUGAAAGAGAGCGACAGGAUGCCCUCAGUACAAUUACUGCAACAAUGGGGAGGGCUGUUGUUCUUGGUGAUUAUGUGCUAGACUUGGAGGAUGGAGUGGACCUGGAGGAUGUAGAAAGUUAUGCUGAUGUUGAUGAUGACCAUGGGACAGAAAACACUCGAAGGAUGCUAUUAUUUAUUAUGCGCCAAGUUGCUCAACAUCAUCAAAACCAAAGGCUUCAGAAUGCAACCGGUGCAUCUGACAAUGCGGAGGAUGAUUAUGUGGUGAGCAGCGGUGCCAAUGGAACCACACCAUACUCUUACCCCUUGGAAGGGGAGGAUGAGGAUGAUGUGGUUGUGGCCGGAGAUAGAAGCACUGAUGUGCUCAGACCAGAGCGCCGGCGGCGCCGCCGCCGCAGGAACCGUGGAAGGUUAUUCUUAGGUGCUAAUUGAGAGUACAGGUGGGGUUAACCACCAGAGGAGUACAUGCACAAAUGCUUCCCUUGUGCCUAGCAUUCAUCAAUUUCAGCCUCAAUUUACUUGUUCAUGAUCAUGUACCAAGUAGUUGUGUUAACAUCAGCUCAUUGUUUCUCAUCAAUGUAUGUUAUCUCACAUUCUUUGUUGAAAUGGAAAACACCGCAUCCAUCUUUUGCGGUUUGUGUA